CCCAAAUUGGGCACACGGAAACUCGACUGAAAUCGGAGGGGCGGGGGGAGGCGGAGGGGGGAAUAAAGGCUUCGGGAACCACAAGUCCCAGCGGCCCCUGCGCGCCGUGGCGCGGGUGGGUGACGUCACGCAGAGCGCGCCUCCGGCGGGUGGUCACGUGACGGCAAAUGGCGGCGCGCGGAGGGAGGAGGCGGCGGCGGGAAGAGGACCCCCGCGUGCGGCUCUCGAAGGCGCUGAGCUACGUCCUGCGGCACGGCGCGCGCGACGCGGGGCUCCCGAUGGGCGAGGAUGGUUUCGUGGAGGUGGGGGCCCUCCUGCAGCUGCCGCGCUUUGUGGGGGUGUCGGAGGAGGAGGUGCGGAGCGUGGUGGACGCUGACCCCAAAGGGCGCUUUGCGCUGCGCCCCCACCCCCUGCGCAUCCGCGCCAACCAGGGGCACUCACUGCAGGUGGGGGAACCGGGGAGGG